AUGACUGAACUCGCCUUUCCUUUGGCAACCAAACUCAUUGAAAAGCUCGGGUCCAUUACUUCUGAGCAGAUCUGCUUGGCAUGGUGCGUUAAAGCUGAUCUGAAAAAGCUUCAGCGCACGAUGUCCAUCAUCAAAGAUGUUCUCUUGGAUGCCGAACAAAAGCAAGAACAUAACCAGCAGAUACGCAGUUGGCUAAGACAGCUUAAAGAUGUAUUUCUCGAUGCCGAGGACUUGUUGGAUGAGUUUGAAUGCGAAGCUUUGCAGAGGCAAGUGGUCGAAACAGUUCAUGGCACAACCAUAAAGGUUAUUGGUAGAGAGUCUGAGAAGGAAAAAAUUGUAAAUCUGUUGAUGCAACAAGGUGAUGAUGAUCAAAGUGGGAAUUCUAAUAAUAAAGUCUCUGUCAUUCCGGUAGUGGGGAUUGGCGGUUUAGGGAAGACUACACUUACCAAAUGCGUGUACGAUGAUAAAAGGGUCGUUGGGCAUUUCGAAUUGAGGAUGAGGGCAUCUGUUCCGGUGGACUUUGAACUUACUAGAUUGACGAGACUGAUUCUUGGUUCUGCAUCAAAUACAGUGAUCAGUGAUAAAUUGACUCAGGAUAUCUUGCAAGGAAGGCUACGUGAAGCUUUAAAGGAUAAGAAAUUUCUGCUUGUCUUGGAUGAUGUUUGGAAUGAUGAUGCUUUGAAGUGGAGUCAGUUGAGAGAUCUAGUGACAGAGGGAGCCAAGUCAGGAAGUAAGAUUUUAGUGACGACAAGAAAUAUCUCAGUUGCUUCGAUCAUGGGUACCAUUCCAACAAACAUUAAUUUAGAAUUUCUUUCUUUUGAGGAGUGCUUGUCAUUGUUUGUAGAAUGUGCUUUUAAAGAGGGACAUGACAAACAAUAUCCAAACCUCUUUGAAAUGGGAAAAGAUAUUGUCAGAAAGUGCAGAGGGGUUCCAUUGGCAGUGAAAACUUUAGGGAGUCAACUAUACUCAAAGACUGAUGAACGAGAAUGGAAAUUGGUGAGAGAUUCUGAGAUAUGGAAAUUAGAACGGGAAGGUAGUGGUCACAUUUUACCUGCUUUGAAAUUGAGUUAUACCCAAUUGCCUCCUCAUUUGAGACAAUGUCUUGCUUAUUGUUCCCAUCUACGAAAGGAUAUGAUUGGAUUUAAUAGUUGUCAAUUGAUCAGAUAUUGGAUGGCACAUGGAAUCCUUGAUCAGUCUCGUGUUCAUGGGAAUAUGGAGUUGGAAGACAUCGGAGAGCUCUAUUUUAAGGAUUUAUGGGCGAGAUCUUUCUUUCAAAACGUUAUUGAUUAUCAUGUGUUAUACGAAUUUGAUAUGCAUGAUCUUAUCCAUGAUCUUGUACAGUCAGUUGCACAAGGUGAGGGUUUUACACUGAAGUCUGCAAACACCAAAGACAUAUCUGAAAAUGUUAGACAUCUGACAUUUUUGGAAGGUGGCCAAAAUGUUUCAACAACCUUGCAAAAGUUGAACAAAGUGCGGACUAUGUUCAUUACAAGUGUUGCCAAGUCCCAUGGGUUCCCUGAAACAUUUGAGAUAUCUGGACUUGAGUUAUAA